AGUUCAGGCGUUCCGCCGUUCGAGCGGCAGCAAAACAGCGCCGAGGAGCACCUUGGAUUGUUUGUCAAUAUUUAGUUUUCUCCGCCUAAUAUCCCCCCCCGGAGUUCAUUACUGUCGAAUAAUUUAAAUUACUACGCGAGCGAUCACUACUGCGAAAAGUUCUUCUCGUUUAAAGGCUCGAUCGACGUAAUCAAAUUUCGAUUAUUCAAAAUGAUAUUUGGCACAAGGAUAACAUGGUUAUUGGAUGAAGGCGGUCAAUUAGACAUUGAGGAAGAUGCUAUGUGGCCAACUGUAUCAUUGAGUUGAUGCAUCUGAAAAUUAUCUAGGCAUCCAUCCAUAGUUUUAGAUAAAUCCGGUCACCCUGGCUCUUUUGGAAACAUUUGAAAGACUUAAAAGUGAUAAUAAAACUAGUUUUGAUGAGGCUGAAAGCGGGCAGGAGAGACCAAGAUCUCUUUUGAGAAGGUUCAGCAUAGCACGACUGACUCCGAUGAACAAUGAACCAUUCCGGAAGUGGGAAGCGGCAGGCGAAGGUUUUGGAAGACAACUACUGGGACUGCAGUGUCUGCACCUAUAGGAAUACAGCUGAAGCAUUCAAGUGCCUCAUGUGUGACGUCCGCAAAGGAACCUCUACGCGGAAGCCCCGCAUCAACCCUCAGCUCGUAGCUCAGCAGGUUGCUCAACAACAAUAUGUGCCACCCUUGAAGCCAGGUAAAAAAGAGGGUGGAAGUGGUAGUAGUACAACUAGCAGUGGUAAAGACAAAGAGCGAAAACUGGAUAAACCAAGACGUAAAAAUAGGCAUCCUCCUCGCCUCAAGAACAUAGACCGAAGUACGGCACAAACUAAAGAGGUCACCGUAAAUAAUGUUACCGUUGUCAUCACCGAAUAUAAACCAAAAGUAAAGAAAAGCUCCGACCAGUCAGGUUUGUCGAGCAGUGCUUCUUCUGAAAAUGGAAGUCAGCACGAUUCUAACCAGGAUUCCAGAAGCCUGGACAUAGGUACCGAUGCCUAGUUCGUUGUUAUGACGUGUGCAUAAAUAUUUGUAAUUAAUAUAUUAUACAUACUAAAGACCAAACUGUCAGAUAUCAGCUGCUUCAUGCACCUUGAUGAAAUUGGUUGUUCCGUAUCUAUACUGGUGAUAAUUACUAUCAAUGUUUUGCGCUUUGCAUGAACAUUCUACUGGUAAUACAGUUAUUAGAUUUAUGGAUAUCUAACCAUGCAAUGUUUUGGUUUCAUGACGUACUUUCCCAGUUUUUAACCAUUUAUGAGAGUUAGUUGUUACUCGUUGUCAGGUCCAUCCUUAGCGUAAAUACUUUGUAACAGAUCGUACGCAUCACAGUGUCAAGUGAUACCACACUGCCAGAGAUCAGAUUAUAAUUUUACAUGCUUUUCAAGUUAUUAAGGAUGAUAUUGUAUAAUACACAAUUGAAAACAAGAUAGAGAAGUUGCUCAGAAUAAUUUUUCUCACAAAUUUGGAUUUUCUAUAAAUUAUUGGCCAUUCAUGAAAACCUUACCUCAGACACAUAUUUGAAUUGUAACUUCGGGUUGAUUCUUUUUCAAAUUAAAUUAAAAGUUAUCAAAAUGGCGUGCUAUAUUACACGACUGAAUUACCGAAAUUGAUAGUUACAAGCCCUUGGGCAAAUGAUUGAAAGGUGGCUAGCAUCCAACUGCCCAUGACAAUAGUCGAAAAUAGCAAAACAUAUUUUCUGGAGUUUCUUUUAAAGGUGUAGGAAAUAUUCACAUUGUUGAGUAGAAUUGAGGAAUCUAUCAAAUAGACCUAUUCUAUUUGUUAAUUGUGAAUUUUGUAAAUAAUGCACGUGAAUGGUGUGAAUUGGAAGAUCGUCGAACCUCAUUAAAUCUGUAGCACUACAGAGCAUAUUAGAUAAUGAGCAUAUUUAAGUUAUCUAAAAAACUAUCGUGAAUGGAUUACGUCGAAGAGAUUCUCAAACAACAUUCGGAAGCUGAUAAAUGAUUAUCAUUUAUGUAAUUUCUAAAAUUAGAAACAUGAUGAAUCGAACAAUAAUAACACUUCUUCGUUAUAUCACUUAAGAUCACUCAGCAUAUAUGAAAUAGAUAAAACGGGUUUUCUAUAUUAUCACAACAUUAUUGUGAAAAUUUUUUGUCUAAACAUUCAAGAUUUCAUUUUUUUUUUUUCUUACUUUCUUAUAAUUAUCCAACAAUCAAUCAGUUUUAACAGAUGAAUAUUCUGAAUUCAUAAGAUGAACCUGUGAUGCUUGAACACACUAUUCUCUUUACGGAAACUGACGACUUCAAAGUACAACUAAGAGACGAUUAUCACAGGUCAAAACUUCAUGGAAAACCAUCUGCAUAUUUUGAUAUACUUGCAAAAACGACAGAUUUAUCUUUUGUGAUUUCAAAUAACUGUGAAAAGUAUAAGAAUAUCAAAUGCAGUUCCCAAUAUCCAUCCACAUACAAUACUGCCAUAGUAAUGAAUACAACGAUUGAGAUGAACUGUACCAUGUGGUAAUACAUUUUCGUAAAUCGAUUUCGAGCCAUUAGCCACAUAGCCAGUAAUCUGAAUCUAGAUAAACAAAAAAAUUAAAGUGGCCAAAUCGAAUAGUCUUCAAUUGUUUUUAAAAUGAAGCAUUCAUUUAUCUAGCGAUUAUCGGAUACCAUUAGAGAAAGAAAAUAACUAUCAAAUCAAAACUCACCUGUACCAUGGUAGUGGCGUGCAAGACGUAUGUAUUUAGAUACUUAUGUGAAUGUGUUAGUAAUUAAAAUUUACUCAAUCGUCUGUUCGACAACGAUCGUUAUUCAUAAUAAUCCUUCAACCCCUAUUGUAUGUUCGUAUUUGGAGUAAUAUGAAAAGACUGUUUUACAUAGUUCAUUAUGAUACCCAUUAUUAAUUAAACACAUAAAAUUCCAUAACGCAAAUUUUCCUCUUUUAUAGUUGAGCCUGAUUAAGUUAAUAGAUCUGCAAUACCUUCAAAGCUAGUGAUAAUUGACCAUAUAUGGAAAAUUUUGCAGCCCACAUUGAAAAGCACAUUUUUAUCCAAGAUUCAACUAUUCUAAGUGUCUUAUUUAUUUUACUCUUGCCCAAGUUCUGUAGGGUCAGAUUUUUAGCACCAAAAGUGAAAACAUAAACCAUUAACGGUCAGCUGCAUUGAAUUAUAGUUUAUUACGACUUUCAUGUUGAAAUUCCCAGUAUACUUGUCAGACAAAAUGAUCCCAAUAAUUUUGUGGAUAAAUAUUUUGCUACAACUGUAGUUCAUAGUGUGUGCCUGUACAUGUCUCCGUUCAUCUAAAUCUCUUUUAGUUAGGUGAUACAUAUUUUUCUAUUCAACAGUUUCAGCAAAAUACCCGUUUCAUUUUCAUGUAAAUAAUUUAGGAAUAUUAAAAAAUCGUUCCGUUUGUUAUAGUCUAUGAUGUAAUCAUUUUGUGCAACUGAAAUUCAUAAUACUGCAUUAAUAGUAGGAAUCCAAAUUUUAUUCAGGCUUCUACAAAGGUCGCAUAAAAGACAGCACCUUAUUCGUAGAGUCUAUUUUGUAAUAAGAUUAGGAAAAAUAUGUAAAUUGAAUAUAUCUCAUAUAUAUGGAUCAUAUAGUUAAUGAUUAUGCAAACUCAGAUGCAAGUAUAUUACUUUUGUAUUAUGUUGGAUAUUAUUUGUCAAACACUUCGGAUCUGAGCUGGAUUGAACAAUUUUGACAUAUUCCAGAUUGUUAUAUCAAUUUUUGCUCGAUUCUGCAUCUCUUUCGACAGGUAAAAUUCCUGAAAUUUUUUUUUUCCAGUGCUGAUUGAGUUUUGGAAACUUGGUUCACACUUAUGCUUUAACACAUGUAACCUAAUGAUUUUAAAUGUAAAUAUUCUAAUAAAAUUCAUUUAUUGCAAAAUCAAA